CCCCGCCUUAUUGCCAUGGUGAUCCCAGCGCGCCCGCAGGUCCCGGAGUCUCCCGCGAGGCUCUGGUUGCUAUGGUGAUCUCGGCCAGAAGGCUUGCGGGACUUUUCGCCAUUAGCCCCGCCCCCGACGUCCGGGAUUUGUUAGAAGCCCACAGGUUCCGAGUGGUGCUCGUUGCUAUGGUGAUCGCCAGCGGUGGAGGCGCGGGAUCGGGGGGCCCUUAGGACUAGGCCCAGCCAGGAUCCUCCGCAGCCGCUGUAGGACUUCCUGGAAGGAUGAGGUCCUCUCUGCCACCAUUGGGACCUCCUGUGAGCCGGGACCGUGUCAUCACCAGCUUCCCUAAGUGGUACACGCCCGCCGCCUGCCUGCAGCUCCGGGAACACUUCCAUGGGCAGGUCAGUGCUGCCUGCCAGCGUGGGAACACGGGGACAGUCGGGCUCAAGCUCUCCAAGGUAGUUGUGGUUGGUGAUCUCUACGUGGGCAAGACCAGCCUCAUCCACAGGUUCUGCAAGAAUGUUUUCAACCGUGACUACAAGGCCACCAUUGGGGUGGACUUUGAGAUUGAACGCUUCGAGGUCGCUGGGAUUCCGUUCAGCCUCCAGAUCUGGGACACAGCAGGGCAGGAGAAGUUCAAGUGCAUCGCAUCCGCCUACUACCGGGGUGCCCAGGUGAUCAUCACGGCCUUUGACCUCACUGAUGUACAGACUCUGGCGCACACCAGGCAGUGGCUGGAGGAUGCACUGAGGGAGAAUGAGCCGGGCGCCUGCUUCCUGUUUCUUGUGGGGACCAAGAAGGACCUUCUGUCAGGGGCUGUCAUGGAGCAGGUGGAAGCGGAGGCCGUGCGCCUGGCCAACGAGAUGCAGGCUGAAUACUGGUCCGUGUCAGCCAAGACCGGGGAGAACGUGAAGGCAUUCUUCAGCCGAGUGGCUGCCCUGACCUUCGAGCGGGCAGUGCUGCAGGACCUGGAGCAGAGGAGCAAUGCCUGGUUGCAGGUCGGCGACGGGGACCUUAUCCGGAUGGAGAGCCGUCUACCCGAUACCCAGGACAACAUGAGGCCCUCCAGCCUGGGCUGCUGUUAGCUGAGCCUUCAUCAGAGGCCCCCACUCACCACACGUGUGAGCGCCCACCAUGCGGAGCCCUAGGGUCUACCUUUCGUCAGUGCAUGGGGAGCCAGGGUAGGCCCCCACCGGCUGCCCAGAUGGUGAGGACACUGAGGGGAUCACCUGGGGGCCUGUCGCUCCUACAGAGUCACCCAACAGCACCCCUUCCAUCCUUGGGAGGCCUCAGGACCACAGACAUGGACACGUGGCCCAUGGCCCUCACCCUAGGCACACAUUUGAGGUCCUUUCAGGCACUCUCCCCAGCUGUCCUGGGUCAGCCUCAGAAUCUUCGUCAUCUCCAUGGUCCAGGCGAGGAGGAUUUGUGGAAGCCAGUGCACGAGAGAGACCCAGCUGCCGUCCCUGUCUGGGCCUCUCAGUUACCAGCAGGACUGGCAGCUCUGGGCCUCGGAGCCCCAGGCCUCGCCAUCCACUGUCACCCUGCCACAGACUUGCAGGGUCCCUGGGCAGCACUGCUCCUCUCUGGCCAAAGGGCCAUCUCUGGCUCCUGCAUGAUCCAUGUUGUCCUGUCCUCCCGCUCAGGGUGAGGACCGGCAGAACAGGCCACUCUGGCCCCUGGCCCACCCCCCACCAGAUGAUGAGUUUCCCCAGUUGGGCUGCAGGAAGAAGGCUGCCCAGCUGCCCCCAGUGGCUUGCCGCUUCAUCCCUUGAGCAUGGCACUGCCGCCAAAAGCUGUCACCCAGACUCUGCUGGGCUAGUCUUCCCCAGCCUGCAUGGGAAGGGCCUGGGGACAGGAAAGUGCUGGGCGCCUGCCUCUCAGGGCUGUUGUGAUGGUGUCCAGGCAUCCUCGGAAGCCAUGAGGGACCGUCUGGCACCUUGUAAGUAGGUUCCCAUCUCCACCAGCCCUCCAGACACCCAGAUGGGCAGGAGCAGCACAGGCCUGCCCUCCCCAGCCCCCACCCAGCAUGCCCAGCCCUCUCCCUGCUCUCAUAUUGCUCCUCCACGGGGCCUGUCAACACCCCCACCUGCCCUCCAUGGCCACAGGUGGAUGGCACGUCUGGCAUCCUGCCUGCUUCUCGUAGGUGGUCAGCAUUCCUCAGGCAGCCAUAUGCUCAGGGCCAUCCCCCAGUGCCCCUAACAGUUCCAGGCAUGCUGCAGGUACCCACCGGCUGGAAGUGAUCACCAGACAGUGGCCAGGGACUUCAUUCAUCUCCAUUCCCUUUCACAUUUUUAGCUCUCUCUCUUCUAUAGACGGAAGAGUCUUCUUCAUAUAAAUUACCCUUGGAUUUUCAUGGUGGCACAGUGGGUGAAGGGUCCAACAGGGGUUCAACCCCCAGCCCAGGAAUGUCUGCAUGCAGCAGGCAUGGCCAAAAGUUAACCACUCUUAAAGGAAUUAUACAUGUGCUUGUUGUAGAACAAGAUGGCACAGAGCUUUGUGUCCACAGUGACCGUCCUGUGGUCCUAGACAUAAGCCUUGUUCUGUUCACAGAAUGACCUCACCCUGUGGCCACAGGGCGCCCUGCGGUCUGAGGACCUGCCAGGGCGAGCCUCACCUCCCUGCAGAUGGGCCAGAGUCCAUUCACUCCCCCCAUCCAUGGGACAGUUGGCUUGUGCCCAGCUCUUAGCUUUUACUGGUGACCACCCUCAUAGGGCUUUGCACUCAGGGUCAUCCACAGUCCCCUUGCUGGGCCUUCUGUGGACCGGCCCACUAGGCUUCAUCUGAGGGGGCAGGCUGCCUUGGGGUGCCCGAAAAUCAGGUUUGGGGCACACGACAGCCUCAGGGUGGGUGAGACUGUGGGAGGCUGGUGCUCUCCUGGCUCCCUCCCCGCCCCUUGAGGCCCCAAGACUGGGGGCAGCGAUGUCCCUGCUGUGUGCACCCACCCCGGUAAAUGGCCCUUGACUCCUG